UUAAUCGCAAAUUCUCGCCGUGCCUCGUCCGCUUUCGUUCGCAGUUAGCUCCCGGAAUCGAGAGAACCAGUGCAUCAUAGUAUGCCGCGAACGUGGAGUUCCUAAAGGCCUUUCAAAACAGUUGACGGUCGCGCUCAUCACCAUCGUGCCCGAUAAAAACAAGUGAACUCUGAAAAAAUGUGGUCGAAGUGUGCGUGUGUUUGUGCCAUGUGCUGACAUAUUUGCAAAUUUUUCUGUGUAUGUUUGUGUUUCCUUGGAAGGAUUAUUUACAGCUGUUUGGAUUUUCUGUCAAAGAAAAAGGUGGCUUGGAUACCUGGAUUAAUUUAAGAUUCUUCGGAAAACCAACUGAUCCGAAAAAGUUCUGAAUACGGCCUAAAAAUAAAACAAAGUGAACUAUAUUUAAUGCACUUAGUCUUAUGAUAGACUAACACAAGAACCAUGGUAUAUAUAAGUGUUUUGUGACAAUAAAUCACCAUCCGUACUACAUACAAACUCAAUCGCCAACCCAAAAUGGAGGAGGAUGACGAGGACACCUCCUCUUUAUCCAAAGCUCCAUCCACAGUAACGCUAACACCACAAAACGUCCAUUCUCUGUCCGAUCCGAAACCAGAACAGAAAGAACAACAAAAAAUACCACAAUGCCACAUCAUAACGCAACAAGCUAGCGGAGAUUCGAACGAGUCUGAAUCUGAGUCGAUAUCAACGAAAGCAUCGCCUCGUUACUCUUUGUUAUCUAAGAGUCCACAUUCUAGCUCAUCCCAAGAAGACUAUGAGCCAGAUACCAAAUAUAAAGGUCAAUAUUUAUCCGCUUCAAUGAGAACCUGCACCACUAAGAGUAUGGAAAGUCUACGAGCAUCUCCCAAGGGUUUUCUAUCAUCCAGUGAACGUGAUGUUAGAAGAGUAUAUCUAGAAACUACAGAAACGAAAUCUCUGGAAUGCAUCGAACGAGAAAUGAAACUUAAAAGACACGCAGUUAGUGGUGAAGCUUCUCUAGAAACGACUGGCAGUGAAGACACUUUUACAGCAGAAAGAAAACGAGUAUUAUGGUCCGGUAAAAUGAGAAUACCUCAACAUCUAAGCUUACCACCGCCUACAGGUUAUUUAAGUCUUAGUCCAGGCGAUCGCAGACUUACAAUUCUGUCACCACAUUCUCCCCAUAAGAUGCCGGACUACUUUACUACUGGUACUUUGAAGACACGCAGAAAGAAAGCUGGAGUAUUGCCUAAACUACUGUUGCCCCGCAGCGAUUCUGAUAUUAGCGAAGUAUUUUCGGAGCAGGGACUUGAUUUCGAUGUUGAAAAUGGCGCCAGUCCCGGUAGAAGUCCACUGGAUGGAGCAGCUUCUCCAUCCGCUGGAUUGGUUCUCCAGAAUCUUCCUCAAAGGAGGGAGAGUUUUUUGUACAGAUCUGAUAGCGACUUUGAAAUGUCGCCAAAAUCCAUGUCUAGGAAUUCUUCAAUUGCCAGUGAAAGGUUCCGGGAGACAGAAAGCAUUUUGGAAAGAUCCCAUGGAGAAGACCUUAUCGUCACACCGUUUGCACAAAUUCUUGCCAGUUUACGGAGCGUACGCAACAAUUUCCAGUGUCUCACCAAUGUGCCCCUUAACAAAUCUAGACGUUCAUCUGGAGCGGCUGGUUCUAGUUCAGCCCAAUCAAAAAAUUUAAACCCUGGAGAUGAAGCUUAUAUGAAAUUGGCUAUGGAAACCAUGGAGGAGUUGGAUUGGUGCCUAGAUCAACUAGAAACUAUACAAACCCAUCGAUCUGUCUCCGACAUGGCUUCUCUUAAGUUUAAACGUAUGCUGAAUAAGGAGCUGUCUCAUUUCUCCGAAUCUAGCAAAUCUGGCAAUCAAAUAUCGGAAUAUAUCUGCUCCACUUUCCUAGACAAACAACAAGAAUUGGACCUACCCUCCCUUCGUGAUGAAGUCCCUGAGCUCCUCCCAAAACCCACUCAACGCAAAGAACGUGCCCGAGGACCGCAUUCUACCAUGUCUCAAAUAUCAGGUGUUAAUCGUAAACCACUUUGCCACACCAAUUCUUUUACCGGUGAGAAGUUACCUUUGCACGGCAUUGAAACACCUUACGAAGAAGAAUUAGGCAAAAGUUUGAUUAUGAUAGAUCAAUGGGGUAUCGAUAUUUUCCGCAUCGGAGAGUUAAGCAACGGAAAGCCCCUAACCUGUGUAGCUUACACGACCUUUAACAAUAGAGACCUCUUGAAGACAAUGAACAUCCCGCCGAAGACGUUUAUAACUUUUAUGAUGACCCUAGAAGACCAUUAUGUGAAAGAAAAUCCUUUCCACAAUUCCCUGCAUGCAGCGGAUGUGGCUCAAAGUACACAUGUACUGCUGAAUACUCCUGCAUUAGAAUCUGUAUUUACACCGCUAGAAGUGACAGCAGCUCUAUUCGCAGCGUGCAUUCACGACGUAGACCAUCCUGGACUUACCAAUCAAUUUCUAAUUAAUUCUAGUUCUGAGUUAGCCCUUAUGUAUAAUGACGAAAGCGUACUAGAGAAUCAUCACUUAGCUGUUGCCUUUAAAUUACUUUCUAACGACGGUUGCGAUAUUUUCUGUAAUAUGACCAAAAAGCAGAGACAAACUCUUAGGAAGAUGGUCAUAGACAUGGUUCUUAGUACUGAUAUGUCCAAACAUAUGACUCUUUUAGCUGAUCUAAAGACUAUGGUAGAAACGAAAAAAGUAGCUGGUUCAGGGGUACUUCUUUUAGAUAAUUACACAGAUAGAAUACAAGUUUUGGAAAAUUUAGUGCACUGUGCAGAUUUAAGUAAUCCUACCAAACCUUUGGAUCUCUAUAGACGUUGGGUAGAUCUCCUCAUGGAAGAAUUUUUCCAGCAAGGAGACAAAGAAAGAGAAUCCAAAAUGGAUAUCAGUCCCAUGUGCGAUAGGCAUUCAGCUACAAUAGAAAAGACCCAAGUUGGUUUCAUAGAUUAUAUAGUACAUCCCUUAUGGGAAACUUGGGCAGAUCUAGUGCAUCCUGACGCUCAGGAUAUUUUGGACACCUUAGAAGAAAACCGCGAUUGGUAUCAAAACGCUAUACCACCGAGCCCCCCUCCAGAAGAGACUCCCGAGUCCCAGCGACCAGGCAUCAGAUUCCAAGUCACUUUAGAAGAAGGCGAAGGGGAAUCUGAAGAAGGUCCGAUGUGACGGAAACUAGGGGGCCUCUGUAGAAAGCUCACUGAAAAGGUGCAGCAAUGGUGGCGUAUCAGGCAGUAAGCGCAAGUGCAGGCGCAUGCGCACUGACUGACGAACGUUACACCGCGCAGGCGCGGGUUUGUUGUGUUUUGCAAUAUAUGCUUGACUGAAAUUUUGAAUUUUUCGGGCUGAGAUGCCAGCCUGUUCUUAUAUAUCGCAGAGUUCCUGGGAGUGUACUCUUUUUUCAAUUUUUUGUUCGGUUUUUUAGCAAAUCUGGUAGAUACAUCGCUUCAUGGCCAAAUCGUAAGCUUAAAUAAUCUAGGAAAUACUUUUCAACAGAUUCAUAACCAUCCCUAAACAUAAACUAAACAGUUUUUAAGAAAAAAUAGUAAUUUGUAAAUCUUUUAUGUUUAUGAAUUUUGAAACCGUAUUGUUAAAUGUAAACCAUGUAAAAGUAUUGUUAAUUUCAAAGUGACUGUAAACAGACUUAAAAUAGUAAGUCGAUUUACAGUGUGACAAUACAAAUAUAGGCAUGUCAAUGUAGCUUUUUAUUUAUAUGAAAUAGCGGUAUAAAUCUUCAAAACAUUAAGAUAACUACAGUAGGAAAAAUGAAAGAAUACCCAUGAGCGAACAUAUAAAACACGUUGUAUUUUUCUGUCACCGUGUCACACAAAAAUUGGCCAGCGCAAGUACAUGUAAUAAUUAUUGUUACAUGUACUUGCACUGGACAAUUUUCUUUGUGACACGGUGCCAGGAAAAUACAGCGUGUUUUAUAUGUUCGCUCAUGGGUAUUCUUUCAUUUUUCCGACUGUAGGUACUGUUUAAAUAAGAUAAAAAAAGAUACCACCUUAUGUCACUAGUCGGGCCCCAAAGAACAUUAAGUAUCAUUUAUACAGAUUUAGAAUCGACGCACAAAUUGAAACAUUUAUUGAAAAUCGCAUAGGCUGCAAAAUAUGAUGAUAAUAUUAUUAAUGUUGCUUUUGGACAAAGCGUCAAAUAAUUGUUUUGGUUUUAUGAAAACAUGUCUGGUAGAUGUAGAUAUUUUUUAUUUGUUAAAGAAUGAGAGAUAUACAUAUUGUUAAUUAGAGAAAUUUUUUUGCAUUUGUGAUUUUUACCAAAAAGUUAAUAUUUAUGAACUAACAUAUGUUUGUUUACUAAUAAUUAGGCUAAAUAAAAAUAUAUUAGAAAGUUUAUUAAGCACAGUUUGUUUUGUUAAUUUUAGUAUUUUAAUAUCCUGUCUGUACUGUUGUCGACAACCAUAUGACGACAGUGGUUGAAAUUUAUGUGAAAAAGACAAAAAUAAAACUCCUAAAUAACAAACAAGUUAUUGAAACACAAGGAAGGCAUUAAAAUGUCAAGAGCAUGAUAUAGAAAUAAAUUAAUAAUAAGAGGGCUUUAGUUGCUCCUAAGUACAAAAUACACGGCUGCAUUUUUUCAUUUAAAAUAUUUUGAUAAUUGUAAAGGAGAAUUAUUUACACAUACAAUUUUUAUAUGUCCAGUCUGGGCACGAAAUUUAUGCUUUGGAAAUAUGAUUAGAUUGAUCUGGCAAACGUAACAUUCAAAUCAGAUAUAAGUAGAAAGACAGAUGAUAGGUAGUUCCAAAGAAAAUCAAAUAGGAAAUUGGUCUCUUCACUACAAUUUAAAUAAAGAAGAUAGCAAGCAAGCAAUAUGCAA